UUCCACACUAUUUAAACCGCCCCGCGACACCUGGGGGUGGAGCCGCGCGCGCGACCCGCUUCGUUUCCAUAGUUGGCAGCAGCCGCGAGCGACGUGCAUCCAGCCAAUCACAGCGAGAGGACAGGUUUAAUUGUUCUGUCUUCAAAUUCAAAGCUUUGAAUUUGUACACGGAUGUGAUGUUGAGUAGUUUACAGUUAUACUGAUGAGUAAACAGGAUUUGUCACUAAUUAGCAGAGGUGGAGACUGGUGAGUACCUUAAGUGACCCCAACUUUGAGAGUAAAAUGUCUGAGGCCCCGGAGCAGGAGGACUUUGAUAAAUGCUUCACCGUGUUUGACGGCUCUUCUCCGGAGGACGUGUCCCACGCACGGCAGCUGUGGAGCUCACUGUCUCUCCUGCCGCCCCUGGAAUCGCGGCUGGUAUCCGCAGACAUCCGUCAGAGACUGCCGGUGUCCCGCACGCAGCGCAGCAGCAGCGUCAUCAUUUCCAAACACCCCGCCGUCCCGCAGCCGCCGAGUAGCGUCCCUGCUCUCCGCCAGAGACGGGAGGAGAGGCAGCGGUACGUGGCCAUGGCCGACCAGAGGAGGGAGAUCCUGGCUCUGUUGAGGAGGCAGAGGGAGCAGAGGAUUCAGAAGGAGCUGAUCUCUGUGGACUUCAAACCCAAUUUGAAGUUCGGCCGAGAUAAAAUAUCGAAGCUGCAAAAACCACCAGACUCUGAGAUGGACGAGGAAGAGCUGGUGAAGCAGCUGCAGUAAAGGACCAUGAUUAGCCUAACUUUUAUAAAGGCUUCACACAUGUAGAAGAACAAAAAUGUCCAAAAUAAAAAAAUCUGUUUAUAACGUG